AUGUUUGUGGCGGAUGCGGGUAAGAUGGCGGCGGUUGGCGCUAGCGGCCCUCAGCAGCAGCAGCCGCCGCAGCCCCAAGCACAGCCGCCGGCUCAGACGCAACCCCAGCAACAGCAGCCGCCGCCCCAGUAUACGGACGCCUGGUACCUGGCGCUGCUGGGCUUCGCCGAGAACUUCCGCACGGCCAGCCCGCCCAAGAUCAAGCUGUGUGUGCACUGCCUGCAGGCCGUCUUCCACUUCAAGCCGACGCAGCGCAUCGAGGCCCGCACCCAUCUCCAGCUCGGCAGCGUCCUCUAUCAUCACACGAAGAACACCGAGCAAGCCCGCUCCCAUCUGGAAAAGGCGUGGUUAAUAUCCCAACAAAUUCCACAGUUUGAAGAUAUCAAAUUUGAAGCAGCCAGUCUUUUGUCAGAGUUAUAUUGCCACCAGAAUCUGGUUGAUUCAGCAAAGCCACUUUUACGGAAGGCAAUACAGAUCUCCCAGCAGACGCCUUACUGGCAUUGUCGACUGCUCUUUCAGCUUGCACAACUGCACACACUAGAAAAAGAUCUGGUUUCAGCAUGCGACCUCCUAGGAGUUGGAGCUGAAUAUGCAAGGGUGGUAGGAUCAGAAUAUACAAGAGCACUCUUCCUCUUAAGCAAAGGCAUGCUAUUGUUGAUGGAACGGAAGCUACAGGAAGUUCACCCUCUCCUGACUCUGUGUGGCCAGAUUGUGGAGAACUGGCAGGGUAACCCUAUUCAGAAGGAGUCACUACGUGUCUUUUUCCUGGUGCUACAAGUCACACACUAUCUGGAUGCCGGACAGGUAAAAAGCGUGAAGCCCUGCCUGAAACAGCUGCAGCAAUGUAUUCAAACUAUCUCCACGCUGCAUGACGACGAGAUUCUGCCCACCAACCCUGCAGACCUCUUUCACUGGCUACCAAAGGAGCAUAUGUGUGUGUUGGUUUAUCUGGUGACGGUGAUGCACUCCAUGCAAGCUGGAUACCUAGAGAAAGCUCAGAAGUACACAGAUAAAGCACUCAUGCAGUUAGAAAAAUUAAAAAUGCUGGACUGCAGCCCAAUACUCUCUUCGUUUCAAGUCAUGUUACUGGAGCAUAUCAUCAUGUGUCGACUUGUAACAGGCCACAAAGCAACAGCUCUCCAAGAGAUUUCUCAGGUCUGUCAGUUGUGUCAGCAGUCUCCCAGGUUGUUUUCAAACCAUGCUGCCCAGCUUCACACAUUACUGGGUCUGUACUGCAUCUCUGUAAACUGCAUGGACAAUGCAGAAGCACAGUUCACAACAGCACUUAGGUUGACUACACAUCAGGAGUUGUGGGCGUUUAUAGUCACAAACCUGGCCAGCGUCUACAUAAGGGAAGGCAACAGACAUCAGGAGUUGUACAAUCUACUGGAAAGAAUAAACCCAGAUCACAACUUCCCAGUCAGUUCUCACUGUCUCCGAGCAGCUGCAUUCUACAUCCGGGGCCUCCUGUCCUUCUUUCAGGGAAGGUACAAUGAAGCAAAGCGAUUUCUACGAGAGACUCUGAAAAUGUCAAACGCAGAGGAUUUGAAUCGAUUAACAGCCUGCUCCUUGGUGUUACUGGGUCACAUAUUCUACGCACUAGGAAACCACAGAGAGAGUAAUAACAUGGUGGUACCAGCCAUGCAGCUGGCCAGCAAGAUCCCAGACAUGUCAGUGCAGCUGUGGUCUUCAGCAUUACUCCGGGAUCUGAACAAAGCUUGCGGGAACAGCAUUGAAGCUCAUGAAGCAGCUCAGAUGCACCAGAAUUUUUCUCAACAGCUUCUCAAUGACCACAUAGAGGCCUGCAGUCUUCCUGAACACAACCUGAUCAAUUGGACGGAUGGGCCUCUUCCUGUACAGUUUCAAGCUCAGAACGGACCCACCACUAGUCUCGCCAGCCUGCUAUGAACAGAACUGAAUGUGUAAAGCAGUGGAACCUCAGUGCAGCUCAGUUCGACUGAGAAGCGGUUUUGAAAUCAUUUCCCAGUCGUUGUUGGUCAGGUCAGACAGGAGACAGAAAAAAAAACUGUAUCUGUGAGCAGCACUGUGGAUGCUUUCCAGUCUUUAACCUGCUUUUCUCUGGCUGUUGAGCCUAUCUCAGCAUCUGUGGGUGCUGAGGAUUUUGAUGCAAAGGAACAGUUGGGUUGCAGCAUGUCAGGUCGGCUUAUCCUGUUCUCCAGUUGCCAAUCCCUUUCAUUGAAAAUUAUGUUUGUACUUUGCUAAACUCUAUUCUCAACUAGCCUGUUUCUCAAGUGAACUGGAACAAUUUCCUUUUGGGGGGAAAUGGACAGGGGAUUUUGCUCCCUUCCUCAUGCCUUUGUACGUUCUUACUUCCCCUACCCCAUGUCCACAUUAUCAUACUGGCAUUGAAUGCUUGUCCCUGCUGUCAUCCCUACUGAUGUAGGUUGCCAUGGAAAUGGAAGCAGCACCUCAAAACUGCUCAUGCUCUGAAUGAUUGAAGUAGUAACUUGGGGCGGGGAUGUUAAUUUUGUACAUUUAUAAAUAGUAUUGAUACGUUCAGUGGCUUGGUGGUGCUAUUUAUGGCAUUAGCAGUGUUUAGUGGUAACUUUUAUAAAAUGGCUGAGCCUGCAGUAUAAGUGGGUGUCAGGAUCAUGGGAUCCUUUGUUGACUGUGUCCAGCUAUAAAGUAGUGGCUGCGGAAGCUGACAGCAGCAUCCAAGGGAUAGCAGUUUGGCUAAAUUGGCUUGCUUCCUUCCUGCCAAAAGGUUCACCUGAAUGUCUUCCCUCAGCUUUGAGGCUGUCUCACCAGGCGUUUCAAUUGAGGCGAACAAGUAGACCAUCAUUCUCGUACAGUCUGACCUCCGCAAGGAGGAAUGGCUUGACUUCUCCUAUUACUCCUCCUCUUCCCAUCAUCAUGAUUCAAACUCUUAGAGCGCACAUCAUGGAAUUAUACUGCGCAAGAGGUGAAUCUUGUGUCUCAACGCUGUAAAUUCUCCUUUUGAUUUGGUAUUUUUAUUUUGUGUCCAAAGACAAAUCCUUAGUUCUCAGCUUGUUUAAUUAAAAUUUGAAAGCCGAGGGUCUUGGCCACCUCAAUCAUGUAGUGAUCAAUUUGCACAGAGCUAAUCCACUGGCCAAAUUCCCUCUUCCCACUCCUCCUUUUCCCCACUGGCCUCAUCUUUUCCUGAUGUAGUCAGCAAAACAUGCCCUGACAUGCACUACCAGCAGCUGUGGCCAUUCAAUAAGGGGUCUAACGUCCAAUAAUGGACAUAAUGUGGAGGUACCAGUGUUGGACUGUAGUGGACAAGGUCAGAAAUCACAGAACUCCGGUUUGUAGUCCGACAGGUUUAUUUGAAAACACAAGCUUUCAGAACCUUGCUCCUCCUCCAGGUGUUACACCUAACACCUGAAGAAGGAACAAGGCUCCAAAAGCUUUCAAAUAAACCUGUUGAACAAUAACGUAGUGUCGUGUGAUUUCUGACCAUGUAAUAAUGGAAACCAUCCAGUUAAAAAAUGUUGACCAAAAAAUGAUUUUAGCGUGGACCUACCGUGCUUUUAAGCAGGAGUUGGCAUCUGCCUUAACAACCUAAUAGCUGGAUAAGUGUUACAGUACUGAGUUGUAGGACAAUAGGAUUUCAGUUUUAAUCCAAGUCGCCAGUGGCUUGUCAAGAGCAGCAACUGGUGCAUUAUACCUGGCCUAAGUAUCACUGAAGGAAAAAGAAACAAAAAUCAGUUCCUGAUAUCUCUUCAUUGAUCCCAAUUAGAAAGAGUGUACUUGUUUACACUUAACAUUGAUUCAACUCUUGUAUGAUCAGUCAUGACCUCAUAACUUCGUCCUAGUGUAAUCCUUCUUUUUGUGACCCCUAAGUUUAACCUAAGUCUGAAUGCUGAUCUUAAUAAAUUCAUAUCCGUUUGAGUGAGAUGAGGUGAUCCGGAACAGCCAGGACUCCUGUUUUGGGUCUAAAUUCACCAGGACAUGCAUGCAUGAGCGAUUACAUCAAUACAUUUGCCCUGAGAUCAUAUCAUGGGCAAGCAAAUCUUUUGACGCAUUAAGAAUUCCCCCUCGGAGGAAGGUAUUGGUUGAUUGACCAUUGCAGACAUCAGGAAAACUGGGAAGAAAGUUGGCAACAUACAAGAAGUAAGCAAAUUGAAUUCCUGGACUACUACUCCCUUUAAAUGGGCAAAUAGGAAUGAGCAUUAAGGGUGGAAGUCAGCUCAUGCAUUUGGGAUUCCAUAUGGGAUUCUGUAGUCCUGAUAGAGUAGCUGUGAUGAUGAGGGAGUGGGGACUCCAGUAUUGGAGGUGUGGAAAGUGUCACAGUCAGUGGCUGGAGGACGUCAUAUAGUGCCAGUGUGUACGAGCUGAGGUUGUUGGAAAGAGCAGGCAAUUGGGCAGAAACUGGGGUAAGUGGUUAAACAGUUAAUACAAAAGUUAAGCCCUUCCUGUUGACGUUCGAUUGUACAGAACUUGAAUAUUGCUGAAAAACUACAUAGUUUGUCAAGGUUUUUUGCCUUACGCUGGUCAGGACAAUUUGCAAGAGCAUCAAUUCAAGGGGAAAACCAACACACUCAUGCAAUAUAAACUCUGAUUUUCCCACUGAAUUGAUUUUGUUGUGAAUUGUCCUGGUGCAAGACAAAAAUCUUCAGCAAAUUCCUUUUUUUUUCAGUAGUGUUCCUCUUGUCUUGAUUUAUUUUGUUUAUUUUAGCAUAUCUCAGCCUCACAGCAUUCUCUAGAUGAGCAUGAUAAUUUUUAUUUAAACUAUCAGUUUUUUUAAGCAAUUUAGUAAGUCCGUACCAAGCAGCAUUAGCGAAACAGCAAUAAAAGGAUCCUCUGUUUAUGUUCAUUGAGGACAUAAUUUAGAAAGUUCCCCCUUUUUUAAAACAAUGACUGGUGUGGAAAUACCAGGCUUCCUUGUGUGACCAGGCUAGACCCUCCUUGCUCCAUAAAAUCAUUUCAGAUCUACUAGUUUCUUCAAAUGUAAGCCAAAUUUUUUAAUUGAAUUUUUUUGUUUAAUUUGACAAAAUAAUUCUCAACUGUCCUGGGCAUCAAAUUCUUCUGCCAUUCUUUUAACCACUGUACUCUCUCUGACUGACCAGUGAGCUUAACCUGUAGUUUUGCAUUCUGAUUGCCUACUGUCAGAGACCAUUUAUGUAAAUUUAGGGUUGUGUUGUUAACGCUAACAAUAUUUUGUACAGCUUGUGUUUCUUUUAAGAAAUUAUUGUAUAUUUUAUUCAGUGAGAUAAUUAACUGAGCUAAUCCCCUACUCCUGACCCUCUGGGCUUUGUAAUUUAUAAAUUAGCAACUUCCUUCAUCACAUUAGGCUCUUGUAGACAUAUUACAGCAUAGUAACAUGCACAUACAUACUUACGUGUAUACAAUAUAUUGAACUGUCCUACGGUUCAACUGGCCAAUAACCAUCUUGGUUUUUUGCCUGGUAACUUUAAUCAACCUUGACAGAAAUCUGGGCAAUAAUUAUAUUAAGUGCAGUAGAACAACUUAAGGCUUCGCAUUUUUAAAAUUCUGUUUCCCUACUCCCCUGAAGAAGUCUGACUUUUACUGACACACAACUUCCAGUAGCGCUGCACACUGCGUUAGUGAGUGUCCUUUCUUCAUUUUUGACCCUAGUUUGCAAGUCCCAGCUGACAAAAGGCCACUCGUUUUUGAUCAAAGUCCAUACUAAAGUAUGAUCCACCCUUGGUCACUUUUAUUGGCUGGCAAGCAAAGCUUUGCUUGGCAGACUUGUUCUCUCCCUCCCCCCC